AUGGAUUUCAAGAACUGUCAGAGAGUUGAUAACAUCAGAGCCAUUGAGGCCGUUUUUCUUAAUUUACUUCCUUUCAUCUAUGGUAAGUCUGCAGUUUCAAGUGGAUCUUCCGACGAGUUGAAGAGGAACGCUCAUUCCGCAGAGAACCUCACAGCGGAUGAAACUGAGUCAGUGAGAGUGGACUCCAAAGAGGAUAAUGAAGUCUGUCACUUCUUAAGUUCACGUUUGGUUUCCAAGUCCUCAGCAGCAUUUCCUGUUCGCCGAGUGUCCUCUUUCACAGAUCUUAGAGACGUCAAAGGAAGAAUGAAGUCCAGUGCAAAACACUGUAAAAGUGAAGGAAACAUCUCAAGUAUUGAGUUAGCUCCCUCACUUAAUGAUUCAAAGUGGCCAGAGUUCUUAUGCAGCAACCAUACUGGUCAGGAGCACACCAGUGAAUACGAAGUGGAGGGUGUAGAAAUUCAAACGACAAGUGAGGAAAUGGCUUCAAAAUGUGAGCUGACUUUCACUGAACCUAAAGGGGACAAAGAAGAAGGAAAUGAGGUUACGGCAGAUGAACACCCUCAAGUCACACGAGGAGACGUUUACCAGAAUAUUGACUUCCAGAGAGUGAUUGAUUACGAACAAAGACAACGUUCGCAGAGUGAUUCAACCGACUUAAACUCUUCAGGUGCCUUCACUGCCGAGAAGCUCAGGAAAACACAAAGCUACACAGUAUUUCCCCACAUCAAUAAAAACUCCACAUGCUCAGAUGACGAACCUUCCUUCAACCUUUACCGAACAUCCUGCUUCAGAGUUAUGCCCCAUCUAUCAGAAGGCUCCUUUCACAAUGAAUAUUUUCCAACAAUCUCCGUUUUGUCUCGUUCGUCCCAGUUUGAAAAUUACCCUUUGAAUAUGACUUGUGAAAUCAGUAGCGAAUCUGACGAUUCCGUAAGGGAGCUGGAGGUAAACAACCAAACCGUGCUUCAUACGUGGCGAAGGCCAGCCCAGAGAACUAUGUCCUACUCAGAACCUGCUCCGGUUGAGCCCGAGGGACGGGUCCGAACAUGGAGCCUACCUAAUUUGGAGGAGAAGCGUUCAAGAGGCCAAGAAACGAUGCACAAAGUUAAAGCGUCUCCAUCGCGGCUUCAAUUUCCCGAACAAUCGUUGAAAAACCUGAGAGAAGAAGGCAGUUUAUCUUCGCUGGGACACACCUCAGAGGCAGUUAGGUCUCGUUCUUCGUCAGUGAUGUCACUUGUGGAUAAUUACGACAGCCAAAUUUGUGAUCAACAUUUUCCAUCCCAAGAGCCUCUUGAAGCUGAAGAAGUGAUGGGUCACUGGGUAAAUCGCAAUCGAAGACAAUCUAUAUCCAAACAGCCGUCAUUCUUGUUGGUCAAAGAGGUCGACGAAGAAAACGAAGCUAAGGAUCGUAAGACUCCUUCAGCUGUUUCUCUUGUAAACGAAGUUGCUGAGCAAGUCUUGAGUUCUCACGAAAUGAGUGUUUCAUCAGAAAGCGGUAAUGAUGAUGUGUCAACAGUGGGGGCUGCUGUCAGGAUGUGGAGGACUAAGAUCAAACAAUGGAAGAACAGCUUUGCUCUGAAAUUGUAUAAUGUUCUUGGGGAGCGAUUUCAGGAAAUGGUUGCGAAGAAGGAAGAAGAAUCAUUGCGAAAGAAGAAGCCAAAAGUUUUAAACGUUCCCAUGAACUUGUCUGGUCAAGAAAUAGGACAACUGAGAAACAAAAUACUUCUGGAAUUGAAGCAAAAAUCAAUGGGGGCGGCAAACCCUGCAGAUUUAAGGGCUCAAAUGACGAAGGAAUUAUCACGUCGAGUUUCGUCUGUUUUGGAUGAUGAGGAGGCUACCCACUGCUAUAGACCAUCAUCUUUAGUGCCAAUAUCCACAAAGAGCUCGCUCCGAGCCAAACAUCAAAAUGUUGAUUACAUACCCCACGGAACUGGUUAUAAAUUAUUGGAUCCUGAUGGUAUUUAUGACUUGUUUAACUGGCACGAGUCCGAGAGAAAGCGCUUGAAAGCUGAGUUGGAGGGGUUACCGCAAGUUGACUUACAAGGACGACAGGUGGUCAUUGAUAGAGACGAUGUUAAUAAAGUUGAUCAUUCGAUGUUCAAAAUAAUGGAAGACAUUUUUACGGGGACGAUAAAGCGUUUCAUGGGGUCAGAAGAAUCAGUAGUUACCGUAGCCACAUCAGGCAAUGGAGGCAAAGCUAGUUUAUCCAACACGAAGGGAAUUGGAGAGCAAACUCAAAGUACCAUUUCAGUUCCCAUGAACUUGUCUGAUCAAGAAAUAGGACAACUGAGAAACAAAAUACUGCUAGAAUUGAAGCAAAAAACAGCUGGGGGCGGCAGCCAUGAAACCCUAACAGACAAUGACGUCCUCCUUCCACCCACGCUUCCCAUUCCGCGAGUUAAAUUUCCAAGAAAAGCAUCAAGUGAUCAGAACCCUGCAGAUUUAAGGGCUCAAAUGAUGAAGGAAUUAUCACGUCGUGUUUCGUCUGUUUUGGACGACGAGGAGGCUACCCACUGCUAUAGACCAUCAUCUUUAGUGCCAAUAUCCACAAAGAGCUCGGUCCGAGCCAAACAUCAAAAUGUUGAUUACAUACCCCAUGGAACUGGUCACAAAUUAUUGGAUCCUGAUGGUAUUUAUGACUUGUUAAACUGGCACGAGGCCGAGAGAAAGCGCUUGAAAGCUGAGUUGGAGGGGUUACCGCAAGCUGACUUACAAGGACGACAGGUGGUCAUUGAUAGAGACGAUGCUAAUAAAGUUCUUCAUUCGAUGUUCAAAAUAAUGGAAGACAUUUUUACGGGGACGAUAAAGCGUUUCAUGGGGUCAGAAGAAUCAGUAGUGACCGUAGCCACAUCAGACAAUGGAGGCAAAGCUAAUUUAUCCAACACGACGGGAAUUGGAGAGCAAACUCAAAGUACCAUUUCAGAAACUAAAAAGAAUGAAGAGCCUCAGGAGACUGAUGACGCGAAAUCUGAUACUGAAGUGGAAACCGCCAGGUUAAGUGAAGGACCUACGCAUACCUCUGGUGAAAGCAUUUUUUCCCAAACUGGAAGUAUCGAGAGUCUGUCAAGUGAAUCAAGUGCUGAGCUACCUUCGUCAGAAUCCUCCAUGACAGGAAUAAGUUUUUCUUCUUCCAGUGAUGCUGUAGGUGUAUGUGACGGUCCAAAUACAAGUGCAUCAAGGAGCUAUAAUAACAUUGCUGUUUCAGUUAAUAGUAACUUAGUAAGUGCGUCGUUAAGUCAGGAGGCCGACCGAGAAAGUAACAGGGAGCACAAACGGGCGGCUGAUGGUCUCACAACACGUGGAAAAACUGAUGGUCUCACAACACAUGGAAAAGCUGAUGGGUCAGAUAAAGAUCAAAUUGUUAGAAUCGAAAGCAUUGAGUUUUUCCUUGAACACAGGCAAGACGACGCAAACGAGGACAUGGUCACAAGGCCAGGGGAAGAGCUAUGCGACAAAUUUCCAACUUUACACUCGUCUAAAAAUACAACUGAGCCCAAAGAACUCACCGGGCAGACUAUAAGUCCCAUAGCUUUUGAUAGCAAUUAUCAGGCAUCACUGGAAGAGGAAAAGCUUAUUCCUGUCAGGGAGGAAGGUAGCUCAGCACUUGAUUCACUUGAAAGACUCUCGAUACUUCCACUUUUGGAAAAAAUGCUUUCACCAGAG